CUUCAUUUUAACCAAAAAUUUGAAUCCCAAAAUCUACAAAAGAGAGAAAUUUGACGAGUGAAGGAGAAAAGCAGCUAGAGAGAGAAAUCAUCGGAGCAAAUGGGGAAAGAUCUGAGCAACGAUCAAAUAUCCUCCAUGAAGGAGGCCUUCACUCUCUUCGAUACCGACGGUGACGGUAAGAUCGCCCCAUCGGAGCUAGGUAUCCUUAUGCGUUCACUCGGCGGCAACCCGACCCAAGCUCAACUCAAAUCCAUAAUCGCCGAGGAGAAACUCAAUGCGCCCUUCGAUUUCAACCGUUUCCUUGAGCUUAUGUCCAAACACCUCAAGCCUGAGCCCUUUGAUCGCCAGCUCCGUGAUGCCUUUAAGGUCCUCGAUAAGGAUUCUACCGGUUAUGUUGUUGUUGCGGAUCUCAAGCAUAUCCUCACCAGUAUAGGUGAAAAGCUCGAGGCUUCGGAGUUUGAUGAGUGGAUCCGAGAGGUUGAUGUUGGAUCAGAUGGAAAGAUUAAGUACGAGGAAUUCAUUGCCAGGAUGGUUGCCAAGUGAUUUCGCCUGUGAUCUGAAAUUUGUGGGUGUAACAUUCGUUGGAUGAAAACAAGAAGCUGACUUUGCGAGUAUUUGUAGCUUGGACUUUCAUUUUGGCAUGUUCAAGUGCAUCUAAUUUGCAAUUUCGUCGGUGUUUUUCAGUUGUUUACUGUCAUUGAACAAUUUGUGAUUGUAUUUGGCAUCCUAUAAUCAUGUAGAACCUAAAAGUACAGUUGCUUCUUCCUUGGUGUAUAGUUUAGACGUCGUGUGACUUAAACUCUUUUCAGUACUUCUGCUUUUCAUUUAUCCUAAUGGGAUCUUUGAAAUGUUGAUUCAAAAUGAACCGUCACUUUUUCGUGGUUA